AUGACUUUUGUGUCUAGCUAUGUCGAGCUACUUUUUGGCAACAUUGUGCGUACACUGAAAGGGGUCCUCCAUGAUGUGUCUAGCAUUGUUAACAAAAGAGAGCUUAUCUCUGCUCCUGGUUAUGCUGCCUUUCAGAGCACUGUGUGUCAGCUUCUGAUGGAGUUGCUUGUACUAGUGCAAGAUGCUGAGGGGACGUUCCCUAGCCCUUGUGGUUCAAGCACUAAUAGUAUGGAUGCUUUUUCUGCUAUGGGUUAUCCUCCUUUCUUUUCCACAGGGCUGCCUCUAUAUCCUGCUAUCUCUACAUCAUCCAACCAAUUUCCUUUCCAGAUACCGCUUCUGCCUCCGCCGGGGUUAACUCAGCCGCUUCCUCCCAUCCCGAGUAUACCCAUCCUGGGGCAACCGUCGUCCUCUGCAAAUGUCUUUUCCUUUCCACCACCAGGACUCCAGCCUGUUGAAACUGCCAUUCCUCCCUUCAGGUACUUCAAUGGGUCGGACGCCGAGGCAUCAGACAAGAGUGAAAGGCAAGUCACGGCCCCGGCCUUUGAGUACCUAGAGAUAGACUUUCCAUCAACCGAGUCCAGGAAGGCCCCCACAACACCCAAGAGAGUAACUAGUCUUCCGGGGUCCCCAACUUCUUCACAGCUGCGAGCACCAUUCAGCCCGAAUAAAUGGGUUACUGGGUCCACAGUGGACUUAGAUACUUCAAAAGCUAAGCUGGAGGCAAAGUACAAAGAAGCCGAGAAGAGACGGAACAGCCUUCUAAAGACCAGGAACACUAGGCUGAAAAAGGAGUUAGAUGAGGUCAUCACAAAGACAGCACAGGUUCGAAAGCAACUAGAGGAGGAGAAUGCUCUUUUGCAGACGCAGUUUACUGAACGGCAAACCCGUGCACAGGUCUUACGGGAAUCUCAGCUGCUGGCGGUCCAGGAGGCUGCGAAAAAUAGCAUCCAGCGAGUUACUCUCGCCAGCCAAAGACGUGCACAGUACGCUGAGCAAACCAUGAAGAGCCUCAAGGCAAGGUACGAGCUCAUACACAACAGACGAGAGGAGUUCAACAAGCGCAUAAAAGAAAAGGCACUCUCGUCGACUACACGCUACAAGGAAAAUAUGAAGGAGUCCACGCGAGACUCCAAGGAUAGCAGCCCCCAACUUCUAUCGGGGUCGCUUACUGUGCAGGGCAGUGAGCUGGUUUACAAACAGGUUGAUACCGUAUGGCCUCCGAGCAUAAACUAUGGCAUACAUGGGGCUGCUUCUACUGAGCAUACCAAUGGAAAGAUAUCUGCAUCAAUUCAUAGCCUUUCUGAGGCCACGGCUUUGACUGAAAGCAUCGAGUUGCAUGAAACACUCACGCUGCAGUGGAUAGCACUGCAACAGUUGGCAAUGGUGGCCAUCAGGAAUGUCUCGAGAUUCUAUACUGACACAGCCUUUCCUCUUCGAGAAUAUACCUCCAAAGUGGUGAUUCGUGCAGAGAAGAUUCUUGUAGGGGCUCCUGUUCAAGCGCAAGAAGAAGCAACUAGAGAUAGAGCAACAACUUCCGAACCAAUAGAUAAGCAGGCUUGGGUACAGUAUCUGCUAUCCUGGCCUGGCAGCCGCUACAAGCUCAAGGACGCUAACAACGCAGAGUCCAUCUUCUCAGACACCAUUGCCAUCAUAGGGCACGAUCACUCCGAAAUUCAUACAUAUACGUACGCAGUUAUGCUGUCAAUCGCAGCACUCACUACCAACUACUUGCAUAAGUGCGUUGCUGCAGCCCAAGAGAUAAUACCCCUUUUAGAACGAGGGGGUUAUUCCACUGAUGAGAUAAGCCUCCUAAUAGAUGCCUCUACUCUGGCACUCUUUCUUGCAUCUACCUAUCUCCGCUUUAGCGCAAUCUUUCUCCCACAAUGCCAUGAGCACCCGGAGCUCAAAUCAAUCUAUACUGCCACCUCUGUACCGUUAACCAACAUUACGAGGUAUCUGAAUAAGACUCCUGGUGUAUGUAAAGAGGCAUUGGUGUACAGCUUUCUCUCCGUAGCACUUAAGAUGGUCCACCUGACAGCCAAUGUGCGGGCAGCAGCCAUAUUGGAUGCAUUCUUCAAGGACAGGUUUAUAGUCGAUGGCGUAUGGGCCCGGAUAAGUAUACCGAUAAUACCGAGCGAGUCAUUCUUGACCCGUAGUGAUGCUUGCUGCACUGAGCUGGCAAUAGUGCACGAUAAUUUUUCUGCAGUUCAGCAGGCUUUGCGCAUAGCAAUCGACAGCUUUCUACUAUAUGACCAAGAAGGUUUUAACUCGUACUUUGGGCCAGGCUUAUCGUGUCUAUGUAAGGCAGCUAUUAGCUGUCUUUCCCAACUUCUUCUAUCGUCCACAUCUUUUGCAAGCCACUCUAAGGAGAGGAAACACUUCCGUCUAAGGUCCUUUGCCCGUCACAUAACCGAUAACAUCGAUAUGGGCGACCUGACAUCCUCUCAGCUGUUUUCUCGGCACCAGAGGGGCGUUGAAGACCACGUCUUGUCGGUCGAUCUGCAGUCGAUAGUCGCAGAGUGCUUUACCCUGCUUGCUCAUCUCGUCACAAAGUUUCCCACUGUCUUCAUAGAUGCUCUCUCAAGGGAUGAAGUCGUCCUGUUAGAGAUGUCCCAUUCUCUUUCAGUUCUGCCCCUACCCGGCGCUCUAUUUGCAGAUGAACCGUCUCUCUACGUGAAUAUGCAGACCCCAUAUUGCAUCUGUUUUCCACGAUACUAUAUUGUGUCGGCAGAUGAGGGCAUGGCCAGCAAGCCCAAUUCAUAUGGAGUUGGCACCACUUACUGCACAAAAAGCAAGGAGCCAACGCUCAUGCUCUCUGCACUGCGCAUCACAGGAUCUCCUCAGGUCAUUUUUCAGGCGAACGUGUAUCCAUUUGAAGCGGUGGUGCAUGAUUGCAUGUACACUAGUCUCAGCCCAGCGCUCCUGUGCGGACUUGUGUUCAUGAGGAAUGCACUGCAGCUAAAGCACAAGGUUGUCAGGCAACUUGUGAGCUUUGGAAACGAACCAGUUGUGCUUCUGUCGGUAAUUUCCUCCCUCCCUGUGGAGUGCUUUAUCGACGGGUUCUUGCGCAAGAGAAUACUGGACCCAAUAUUCCGCGCAGCACGAGAAUAUGGCAGCCUAUUGUCAAGCGACCUCCCCGAUGACCUCUUGGCGAAUGAUUUACCGGAAGACCAAACCCCCAUAGUGUCUGAGAUGCUUCUUCCAGUUUUAAGAUUGACUUAG